CCUGCCUGUCCACCACACGCCCACCUCAUCAAGGCAACUCAGUUCACCUGUUCCUAAUUACACACAGUCAGUGACAUUAUAUAUACCCCAGCCUCACAGACACUCAUCGCCAGUUUGUUCUUUGCCACUGAAGACACUCAAGCACUUUAUUCCAGACUGAUUUCCCAUUGCUGACCCUGUCUGCUUUGUCUGAUUCCUGGUAAAUGCCUCAGCCUUCUGUCCCUGACCACAAGACCUGCCUCCAUGUCUUUGUUUCCUGUUUGCCUGUGGCUGCUUGGAGUUUCCAUCCAGUGACACCACAGUCUGAGUGUUCCAGUCAGCUUACUUGCGGUUUCUUGUGGUCCAGAGAUUUUCACCGUGUCACCACACUUGCCAUUGCUAUGGUUGUCUUAGCCGUGGCUGUGUCUGUGGCGCCGUCAUCAUGUGCACUUGGCUGCAUGGGGAGCACAGAUUCUACUGAGAUGAAGGUGUGGAGCGUGGGAGAUACUACUGUAGCUGCUGUGUUCAAGGAGAUGGAGAGUCUAAGGUGUGAACAAACAACACUUCAGCAGCAGCAGCAGCAGAACGCUCUGACUCAGAUGCACAUCAGAAGCUCAGAAGAAGCUUUGGUGUGAGGUUAAGGGCCAUGAUGAUGCUGUGGGUCUAUUCUCAGAUAUCAACACACUUGUAUGUGGGCGGUGCAGAAGAAACAAGUCCUGUGUGAGCCCAGAUAAGAUCAACUGGAGGUGUAAAGGAAUGAAAAGCUCUUCUCAGAUUCUUGCUUCUUCUUAUUAUGAGAUCAUGACUUCAAAUGUCUCUUUUUGCCAGGAGAUCCAGAAGAUCUACACAAACAUACUGAAUGCAUUUUCUUUGGAUCCUAUGGAGAUUAUAGUGGGAGAAAAAUAAAAGACUCUCCAUCAAAAAGGCAGAUUAACAUAUAAUAAAGCGACCUUGUUUUUUAAAGUCAAAUCACAAGCCUCCUUUAACCUGAAUCAUUUUAAUGUAAUCUCUAAUGUGCCAUGCCUCUGAUAAAUAUAUGAAUACAAAU